AUGUAUGGUGCUGGCCUCAUAGUUGCCCUGCUGGGCUUAACUCUCCGUAGCUCUGCGUCUGUUGUGCGCCGGGUGUCGAGUCGCACCAACGCGCCAUCGAGAUGUUUGACGGUGGGCAAGUCCGGAAGUUAUUCAACUGUUGGUGAUGCGCUCAGCGCGUUGGGCUCCUUAACAGCGGACGCGUGUAUUUACAUUGCAGCGGGUAUAUAUGAGGAGCAGCUAUCUAUUGAGUAUGGAGGUCACUUGACAUUGUACGGCGAAACCAGCAGUACCGACACCUACAAGGAGAAUACUGUCACCAUCACCCAUACAAUCUCGUCUCCGGAAGCUGGCUCCCUUGAUAAGAGUGCCACCAUCAAUGUCAAGUCGGAGUUGUUUUCUAUGUAUAACAUCAACGUGGUGAAUGGUUAUGGGUCUGGAGCGCAGGCCGUUGCUCUCGUCGCUAAUGCUGACCGACUGGGCUUCUAUGCCUGUAAAUUCACGGGGUACCAAGAUACCCUUUACGCAAAAGCGGGUCACCAGUAUUAUACCAAAUCCAGGAUUGAGGGUGCUGUUGAUUAUAUCUUCGGUGACGCCUCUGCCUGGUUUGAAGAUUGCGACAUUGUCUCCAAUGGCCCUGGUGCAAUCACGGCUUCGUCGCGUGAGACCACUUCCGAUACGGCGUGGUAUGCAAUCGACCACUGCAAUAUCAAAGCAGCGUCCGGUGUUGAGCUCACCGAUGACAUCUACCUGGGCCGACCCUGGCGAGCCUUAGCCCGCGUCAUUUAUCAGCACUCGGUGUUGUCAGAUAUCGUUAACCCCAAAGGUUGGAAGCCCAUGGCAGAGGGUGCGACGCCGCUUUACUAUGAAUUCAACAAUACUGGAGAUGGAUCGGACACGUCGAAGCGGGAGUAUCUGAGCUCUAUUGGUGCUGCUGUGACGAAGGAGACCGUGUUAGGGGAUGAUUAUAAAGCCUGGGUAGACUUGAGUGUGUAA